UAAACCAGGAAUAUACCUGUCAUGUUCCCAAAACUUCUCCUUUAGCAAUGGUUUGCUACAUCGGCCAAGCACCAGACCCGGAAUCGUAUGAUUCGUACCGCUGGGUGAUCCCAAUUGAGGAUCCCUGCGGAUGUACGGAGGUGAAGCUCGGAGGAGUUAACAUCUUGACAUCGCGCCGCCCGCCCAUCAGAGUGAAGUAUUACGACGUGUUUCUGCUGACCAAGGAUCCAGAGGAGAUUUGGACCUGGUUGAACUGUACCACUUGCCGUGACCCGCUAGGGAUGGAGAGCGGUGCCAUACCAGAUAGCAGUCUGUCGGUAUCAGAUGUUGGUCACGCUGACUUUUCCGCCGGAAAAUCUCGGCUCAAUGUCGAAGCGGCUUGGUGCCCAGUCGCAGAAGAUCAGAACCAAUGGAUUCGUGUCGACCUGCAAGCUCCGACCACGGUAACUGGCCUGAUCACCCAAGGAAGACACUAUAGUGACGUCUGGGUGACGUCAUACAAAGUACAGCACAGCGACGACGGGACUAACUGGAGUGAUGUGACUGGUACUGACGGGAUAUCGAUGCAGUUUCAGGGUAACGUGGACUAUGAUACACCAGUAACCAACUACUUUCCCGCGGUUUUGAACACGCGUUUCAUACAAAUACGACCUCUCGCCUGGACGAGAUACAUCUGCCUGCGCUUUGAAUUGCUGGGAUGUAGAGCUGGCUGGAGUCACCCUUUCGAAUGGUUGUAG